UCCGAAUACACACGACUUGCGCUCGCCAAGGCAGCGUAUGAUAGGUUGUUCACAUGGAUCGUGCAGCAGAUAAACGCAGCGAUCGCGGCAGGCAGCGCGCAUCGCGGCUCGCUCAUCGGCGUGCUGGACAUCUACGGUUUCGAGAUAUUCGACACCAACAGCUGCGAGCAGUUCUGCAUCAACUACUGCAACGAGAAGCUGCAGCAGCUGUUCAUAGAGCUGGUGAUGCGUCAGGAGCAGGAGGAGUACGCUCGCGAGGGCAUCCAGUGGACGCCGGUGGAGUACUUCAACAACCGCGUCAUCUGUGAACUUGUCGACGCGCCGCAUAAGGGACUUGUGGCCGUUAUGGACGAGGCCUGCCUAAACCCUACCAAGAUAUCGGAGGAGCAGUUAGUGGAGGCGUUCGACGAGCGUCUGGGCUCGCACCCGCACUACACGUCGCAACAGCUCGCGCCCGCCGACAAAACACUCGCGCAUCGCCGCGACUUCCGCAUCACGCACUACGCUGCCGAUGUGACGUACAGCAUCGUGGGUUUCACGGACAAGAACAAGGACUCGCUGUGGCAGGACCUCAAGCGGCUGCUGCGGUCGUCCACCAACAAAUCCCUCUCCGACAUGUGGCCAGAGGACGCUGAGGAUAUACAGAAGACAUCGAAGCGUCCAGCGACAGCAGCUACACUGUUCCGCGGCUCGAUGGCGGCGCUGGUGGCGGGGCAGGCGAGCAAGGAGCCCUUCUACGUGCGCUGCGUCAAGCCCAACCCCGCGCAGACGCCGCGCGCCUGGGACGAGCGUCUCGUGCGCCGCCAGGUGGCGUACCUGGGUCUCGUCGAGAACGUCCGCUUGCGCCGCGCUGGUUUCGCCCAGCGUACGCGUUACGACCGUUUCCUGCGUCGCUACAAGAUGCUGUCGCAGUACACGUGGCCCAACUUCCGCGGUGGUGUCGAGCGCGAUGCUGUCGCGGUGCUGCUCCGCGACUCGCGGGUCACUGACGUGCAGUUCGGACACACGAAGUUGUUUAUUAGGAGCGCACGCACCAUCCACGCACUCGAAGCGGCACGCGCGGAGCUCAUCCCGUCCAUCGUGGUCCUGCUGCAGAAGCUGUGGCGCGGCACGCUCGCGCUGCAGCGGUACCGCAAGAUGCGCGCCGCACUCACCAUAUACAACGCAUGGAAACGCUACAAAUUCAGACGCUACAUCACCGAGCUGCAGACUGAGCUGCGUCGCGGCAGCGGCACGGUGAUGCGGUGGCCGGCAGCACCGCGCGGCGUCGCGGUGCCGCUGCUGCAGGCCGCGUACCGCCGCUGGCGCGCGUGGCUCGUGCUGCGAGCCGUGCCGAGGGAGCAGUGGCCGCAGUUGAGGCUGAAGGUGUGUGCUGCUAGUGCGCUGCGCGGACGCCGUUCACAGUGGGGAGCGUCACGAGUGUGGGCUGGUGACUACCUCGCACUCGAUACAUACAACCCACGCGCAGCGGUAUACCGGUCAGCGCUGAGCACGCUGCUGCGCGGCGGCGGGCGCGCGCUGUUCUCCUGCCGCGUGCACAAGUUCAACCGGCACAACAAGAUGGCGGAGCGCUGCCUGCUGCUUACCGACACCGCGCUGUACAAGCUCGACGCCAGCACCUUCAAGCCGCUCAAGAAGCCCACGCCCGUCACCGAGGUGGGUUGCGUGCGCGUGAUGAGCGGUAGUGCGCAGCUCGUGGUGCUGGCGGUGCCGAGCGCGCGCAACGACCUCGUGUUGGCGCUGUCCCCGCCCGCGUCAUCGCAGGACUUGGUGGGCGAGCUCGUUGGCACGCUCGCGCAUGCUUAUCACAGGUUGUCUGGUUCAGACCUAGCCGUUGAAGUAGAAAGUGGAGCUACAACACGCUGCAUGCUGGGCGGCAAGUCUCGCGCGCUGCAGCUUCCUGCCGCGCCCGCCCCCGGCCUGCCGACGUUCACCAGCGCGCAUGACGUCAUCACGUACCACCCGCCCGCCGCGCACGCCUGACCGUGCACGCUGGGCGAUAUUGUAGACGCUCAGCAAUGUAUAGAGCAGUGUUGCACGGCUGAGCGAUGGUAUGCAGGUGCACGCUGAGCAACCUACUGCACGCUAAGCA